AUGGUCGAAGGUUACGACCUGGGCGUCGAAUGGCUCAUCAAAGAAAAUGAUGGUUCAGUGCGUGGUACCGGCGUUACGGACUACCGUGGCCUGGCCGACAUUGCCGACCCCAAUAUCGACUGGCUUAAAGAUCCAGAGAACACCGUAGUGUUACUGCCGAGCCAGUUUGUGCUGAUGGUGACCUGUGACGUACCUGGCCGCAGCACCGCACAAAUUCGCCGUGCGCUGCCCUUUGCGGUGGAAGAGUUUGUGGCCACUGACAUCGAACUCAUGCACAUCGCGCAUGCCGGCAUCAAAGCCGGCCAGCCAGUACGCUGUAACAUCGUUGCACAUGAAACCAUGGUGAAUUGGCUGGCCUGUUUUAAAUCUCUCGGCGUUAACCCCGGGUAUUUUGUGGCUGACAGCCAGAUGCUGCCCAGCGACAGCAAUAGCGCAAGUGUGCUUUUUGAAGGUACAACGGCCCUGGUCGCUGCCCAGGACCAGGCUGCUAUCGUAGAUAUCGAUAAUCUGGUUUUCGCCCUGAACAGCCUGGAUGUCAAUGAAAUCGCUGUGAUAAACGGCGAACUGAAUCCGGUUGAUGCCGGCUUGUUAGAGAGCAACCCGAAUAUCGUCAACGUUGACAUGUCACCACACGGUGUUCUCGACUACCUCGCUGACCAGUUCGGAAGCAGGAGUUUCAUCAACUUGUUGCAGGGACAAUACACACCAGUACGUCCUAAAAGUGCCCAUGCUGGAAAAUGGCAGGGUGUUGGCGCGCUUGCAGCAGUCUGGUUGCUGGUGGCUUUUGUUGGCAUGGUUGCGCAAGGAUUCUGGGCGUCAGCACAAGCUGACCGUCUACAGGAAGAAAGCUUUGCGAUCUACAAACAAGCUUUCCCCAGAGAAUCCCAACCUAACACUGUUGAUCAACUGCGCAGACGGAUGCGCGCAAAACUGGGGCAGAGUGGCGCCGCCGAGGAAAACAACGCCUUUGUGGGUUUAACCGCCCAAUUUGCCAACGUUAUGACCAGCAGCGGCAGAGUUGACUCACUGAGUUACACCCAACAGCGUGAAGAACUGACCGUUGAGGUACUGCUGGACAGCUUUGAUGAUCUUGAAUCGUUGAAGGGUAAACUUGCCCAGGCGGGCAUUGCGUUAGAGGUGGUCAGCUCCGAAUCUGAGGAUGCCGGCGUACGAAUCAUGAGCGUUAUGACAUCUAUGACUAACGGCUUUCGCAAUUCAGCAAUCGGCCGCUGGUUUUAUGGCCGCGAGCAGAAUGAACAGACCAUUAUUGCCGCGAUAGCAGCGCUGGUCGUAAUUGCCAUUUUGUGGGCGGUUGUCUGGAAACCUGUUGCAGACUGGCGUUAUGUCGAGACCAACCGCCAGCAGAAUGCACAGCAACUGGUUGACUGGCUACGUGUCAAUGAACAGGCCGCCAAACAGGCGGCAAGCAGCAGUAGCAACAACAGGGGCUCACGCGCGCUGAUUCCGGUUAUUACAAAAGCGGCGGACGCACACAACAUCAAGGUUAAUCGGCUACAGCCGGAGUCCAAUGGCGUCAUCAGCGUUGUUCUGCAGCAGCAGUCGUUUAACCAGAUUGUGCAAUGGAUAGCGCAACUUAAUGAAAACAAUGGUGUUUCUGUUGAUCGAGCCAGCUUCGAUUCGCAAGAUGCGCCAGGCUACGUUAACGGAAGGGACACUUCAAUGCUAGACGCCGAUAAAGUAUUUGCCGCAGUACACACGCAGGUGACAGGUGAGUUGAUGCAGUUAAUGAACGGCUUCUAUCACAACAUAGAAGACGGUCUUUUCGAGCUUGCUUAUACCAACCAGGAUCAGAUGCAACAGCGUCACCUGGUGGAACUGAUGCGUGAGCUACGCUUCCGGCGCAAGCAGUUGCUGCGCACAUUCGGCAAGCGCGUGCACAAUUCCAGUCCCGCCUGGCUGGGUCCAUAUGAAGCAGGCCCGGAACUUAUUGAAGAACGCAUGAUUGCCAAUGAGAUGGCGGCAAAAUGCGGCGCUCACUUUGGCCCCGUGCUCCAGACCAUCGCUGAGCGUACGUCGCAUGCCACUGCGCGGGAUGUGCAUCGCAAAGAUCUGCCCAUCAGCCCGGAAGCGGUGAGCUAUCACUUUGUGAUGUCCUGCCGCAGCGUUAAAUUUGACAAAUAUUCUGUAGCUACUGUUCAAGGGUUGUUUCAGCGCUUUGUGUUAGAUCGUCUCGGCGCGCUGUACGGAAGAGUCAACUACGAACUGGAAGAGGGUGGUUAUCGCACUGCGGCUGAAGUUGGUGACAGAGCGAUGCUCUCAAGCGCGUAG